AAAACCAGGGUUAAUCCCUCCCACUCUGCUCGCCCCCGCAUCGCACCAUCGAGCGCUGUGCUCAGCCUCCUCCUCCUUCUCCUGCUGUGUGUGGCGAGAAAACGAUUGUUUUUAUAUCGGUCUGCCUAAAACCGCAAAUCGACCUAGCGCAGACAAUUAAAUGUCGACUAAUUCUACCGUUCUGAAAAUGUGAUGGAUUAUAACGGUUUGCUCCCGGAAGAGCAGGUUCAAAUGCAUAAUCGAGGUAGAUAAGAGUCGCGGAUAAACAAGGGAUAGGGGUAGCACGCGAGCGGAGAGCACUUGCAGAAGACAAAGGUAACUGUGCUGCGAACUAUGUGAUGAAUUAACAGUCCAGAAGAGCAGCUGGGAGUGUGGAGGCACAGUUUGGGGAAAAAUAACUAGAGAGAUUGGCUUUUAAAAUACGAUCAGAGCGACAUGCUUUCUCUGUUUCUCUCAGUGGAAUCCACAAAUGAACUCUCGGCGGUCGGAAAGCAUAAAAACCCUAAUAUGACGAUGCCCUGAAAUGGUAAUGACAGUCAGUCGUUAGGAGAAGCUAAACCUUAAUGCUAGAGAUAUAUAUGCUAUUGGUUGAUAGAAGCAGAAAACUUAACACAAAGGAGAGAUUCGUUUCAAAACACAUUACCAGGAAACGGUGAUGGUUUGACAGGCUAUAUCUUAGAUGUUUGAAGGGGCAUGCAUUUGAUUCCUUGCGCUUCAAAUCAGACAUCGACCUCAAGCCACGAACGCUGGCACUGAACUCUACAACGAAACGCACAAACCACUGUAGAGAUUGAGUACCUUUUCCCACAUUUGUCUCAUGCUAAGUGUGUAUACUUGAAGACUUCACAUGUUGAUGGAAGAGACUGACAUAGAUCUAACGACGCUAUAGUUUCAACGAAAGCACUCAACGGAUUGGCUGUCCAUUCACUUCAGCACCUCAGCACAGAGCGUUCUACUAGGCUUCCUUCAGCACCUCAGCACAGAGCGUUCUACUAGGCUUCCUUCAGCACAGAGCGUUCUACUAGGCUUCCUUCAGCACAGAGCGUUCUACUAGGCUUCCUUCAACACCUCAGCACAGACCAUUCUACUAGGCUUCCUUCAGCACCUCAGCACAGACCAUUCUACUAGGCUUCCUUCAGCACCUCAGCACAGAGCGUUCUACUAGGCUUCCUUCAGCACCUCAGCACAGAGCAUUCUACUAGGCUUCCUUCAGCACCUCAGCACAGAGAGUUCUACUAGGCUUCCCUCAGCACAGAGCGUUCUCCUAGGCUUCCUUCAGCACUACGGACAGCUACCAAAAUGACACGGCUGCGCAAGAAAGCUUUCAUUGCACUUUUCUUAUUCACCCUCUUCAUCUUCGGGACCAUGAUGGGCCUCAGGACACUGAAACCCAGCGAUGGCUUCUCAGACCUGGCCCCGGGAAUGGGAGAGUUUGUGGGGGAAAGAGGAGGCGACCGGCGACGGCCAGUUUCGAACGACAUGGUAGUUUCCCCUGGUCAGCCCCAUCUAGCCAGCGACACCAAAGUCGUCUUCACAAAAUCCGACCGUGACUACAGUAUAUUCUACGAUGUACAAAUCUUCUAUUACCUAUGGUACGGCAACCCACAGAUGGACGGUAAAUAUAUUCACUGGGAACAUGUUCUAGUACCGCACUGGGACCCUAAGAUUGCCGCCAGCCACGCCAAAGGAAGACACACUCCUCCGGAGGACAUAGCGUCGAGUUUCUACCCGGAGCUAGGACCAUACAGUUCCAGAGACCCCACCGUGCUGGAGUCACACAUGUCGCAGAUUGAAGCGGCUGCAGCAGGGGUACUGGUUCUGUCUUGGUACCCGCCUGGCAUUGCAGACAACCAUGGUGAGCCAUGUGAAGACCUGGUGCCUGCUGUCAUGGACGCUGCCCACAGACACAGCAUCAAGGUGGCGUUCCACAUCCAGCCGUACAAGGGACGGACUGACCUCAGCAUGUACGAUAACAUCAAAUACAUCAUUGACAAGUAUGGGAACCAUGGCGCCUUCUACCGCUUCAGGUCGACCACGGGGCGGAUCCUUCCUCUGUUCUAUGUCUACGACUCCUACCUGACCCCGCCUGACGCCUGGGCCGAGCUGCUCCACCCCGCCGGCGCCCACACCCUCCGCGGCACGCCCUACGACGGCGUCUUCCUCGCCCUGGUCGUAGAGGAACGCCACAAACACGACAUCCUGGCCGGUGGCUUCGACGGCAUGUAUACAUACUUCGCCUCCAACGGCUUCUCCUUCGGCUCCUCUCACCAGAACUGGAAGGCGGUCAAGGACUUCUGUGACGGUAAUAACCUGCUGUUUGUGCCCAGCGCCGGGCCGGGAUACGUCGACACCGCAGUGAGGCCAUGGAACAACCACAACACGAGGAACAGGGUCAACGGACGCUAUUAUGAGACCAGCCUACAGGCUGCGCUGUCGGUGCGGCCGGAGAUCGUGACCAUCACGUCAUUCAACGAGUGGCACGAGGGGACACAGAUUGAGAAGGCGGUGCCCAGGAAGACGGUGACGCGGCUGUAUCUGGACUACCAGCCCCACCGGUCAGAUCUAUACCUGGAACUCACCAGGAAGUGGGCCGAACACUUCAACAAGGAGAAAGACAAGUGGCUCAUGUAGAGGACAGGAGUCCUGACUGGACUGGGUCGAUGGGAAUAAUACCUUUCGGGUGUGACUGGAGCGAGUAAAACUGAGGAGCUUUUCACAUUACUGAGCUGAGCCGAACGGAGCCAAACCAAGCUGUACUGAGCUGUCCUGGUUAGUGGUUACUAUCCACCAUAGUCGCUGGAACCUGCUGAAACAUUUUUUUUUAAAUGGAAAGAAAAUAGCACAUCCAACACAGUUUGGUUCAGCAUGUUAGUGAGAAAAGGGUUUGGAGUGGCUUCAUUGCUGGGUAUUUUGGGUCCUUGUGAAUAUAAACCAUAUUUAUUUUGACAGUGAAGCAAAAAAAUUGUCAAUUUGGCCCCAUACUCCAUUUUGGAUUUGAGAUUUGUUUUUAAUAUGAGGCGAGAGUACAGCAUGUCACCUUUUAUUUGAGGGUAUUUUCAUACAUAUCUGUUUUACCAUUUAGAAAUGAAAACCUUAAUAUAUCUAGUCCCCUCCCCAUUCAAAUGUUUUUUUUCCCUCUCAUAAGUAUUUGGACAAAUGAACUUAUAGCAUAUUAAAGUAUUCAAAAGUUUAGUAUUUGGUCCCAUAUUCAAAGCAUGCAAUGACUAUGUCAAGCCUGUGACUCUCUAUAAACUUGUUGGAUGCAUUUGCAGUUUGUUUUGGUUGUGUUACAGAUUUUGCCCAAUAGAACUGAAUGGUGAAUAAUGUACUGGAGUCACUUUUAUUGUAAAUAAGAAUAGAUGUUUCUGAACACUUCUACAUUAAUGUGGAUGCUGCCAUGAUUAUGGAUAGUAAUAUAUCCUGAAUAAUGAUGAGUGAGAAAGUUACAGAGGAACAAAGAUCAUACCCACCCCAAAAAUGCUAACCUCCCCUGUUAUUGGUAAUGGUGAGAGCUUAGCAUAUAUAUAUUUUUUGGGGGGGGUAUACACUUUUGACUACUUUAAUACACUAUAUGUGAAUUUGUCCAAAUACUUAUAAUAAUAAUAAUUUUAUUCAAAUGGGGGGACUACAUACAGAAGUGUUUUAUUUCUAAACUGUAAAACAGAUACGUACGAAAAACCCUCAAAUAAAAGGUGACAUUCCGUAGUCGCCUCACAUGAAACAUUUGAUCUCAAUUCUAAAAUGCUGGAGUAUAGAGCCAAAUGUACACAUUUUAUCUUCACUGUCCAAAUAAAUACAAGUAGCGUAUGCUUUUCAGUGGAGCAAAUGGGACUGAGACUGCUCACACCAUUGACUUAGCAACAAUUCCACCUGGCCUAUCAGAGGGCAAGAUGAAGGUU